AUGGCAACGUGUCGGUGUGAACACCAGUCGCACUGUGGCACCGUCGGCGCCGCGAACGCAGAGGCGGUGCGCGGCAGUGGGAACGCCUGCCUGGCGGCUGGGACGGCCAGCAAAUGCGGUUGGAUGGGCGGCCACAGCACCGCACCUGUGCCCAAGGAGGCGACGCUGGCGGCGGGGCCCCCUCGGAUGCGGCCGGCUGGGGCUGUCAGAGGCGGUGCGCGGCAGUGGGAACGCCUGCCUGGCGGCUGGGACGGCCAGCAAAUGCGGUUGGAUGGGCGGCCACAGCACCGCACCUGUGCCCAAGGAGGCGACGCUGGCGGCGGGGCCCCCUCGGAUGCGGCCGGCUGGGGCUCAGAGGCGGUGCGCGGCAGUGGGAACGCCUGCCUGGCGGCUGGGACGGCCAGCAAAUGCGGUUGGAUGGGCGGCCACAGCACCGCACCUGUGCCCAAGGAGGCGACGCUGGCGGCGGGGCCCCCUCGGAUGCGGCCGGCUGGGGCUGUCAGAGGCGGUGCGCGGCAGUGGGAACGCCUGCCUGGCGGCUGGGACGGCCAGCAAAUGCGGUUGGAUGGGCGGCCACAGCACCGCACCUGUGCCCAAGGAGGCGACGCUGGCGGCGGGGCCCCCUCGGAUGCGGCCGGCUGGGGCUCAGAGGCGGUGCGCGGCAGUGGGAACGCCUGCCUGGCGGCUGGGACGGCCAGCAAAUGCGGUUGGAUGGGCGGCCACAGCACCGCACCUGUGCCCAAGGAGGCGACGCUGGCGGCGGGGCCCCCUCGGAUGCGGCCGGCUGGGGCUGU